GUGCCGAUCCUAUUUAUGAACCCAGUAGGAAUCGAAACGGCGCCGCCACCACCGAGAACCCUAAUUUCACCGGAGAAGAAAAACGCAUUGCCGCCGAGAUGGGUCGCGUCCGGACUAAGACGGUGAAGAAGUCCUCCCGACAAGUCAUCGAGCGCUAUUACUCGAGGAUGACCCUCGACUUCCACACCAACAAGAAGAUCCUGGAGGAGGUCGCCAUCAUCCCCUCGAAGCGGCUCCGCAACAAGAUCGCCGGGUUCAGCACCCACCUCAUGCGCCGGAUCCAGCGCGGCCCCGUCCGCGGCAUCUCCCUGAAGCUCCAGGAGGAGGAGCGCGAGCGCCGCAUGGAUUUCGUGCCCGACGAGUCCGCCAUCAAGGUCGACCGCAUCGAAGUCGACAAGGAGACCCUCGACAUGCUCGCGUCGCUCGGCAUGCCCGACCUCCCCGGCGUCGAGAAGCAGGCCGAGGCCUCCGCGCCGCCUACCUUCCCGUCUCGCCCUGGCGGUGGCUAUGGCCGCAGACUAUGAGGUUGCAUUGCAUCCUGCUCCUUUUCUCUGAAUCUACAUGCUCGCAGAAACAAAUUCUACUUCAUCAGCUUCGAAUUUCUGGUCUUGCUGCUCGAAUUUGAUCGAUUGCAGUUCCACUCUUUAGUUCAGAUCACUGUUUCAGUCUUCUUGAUGUUUCAAUUUUCAAUUAUCAAAGUAAUUUAUCUAUGCAUGCGUACGUAA